CCACGUCACCGCUGUCGGCGUCACGGCGAGAGGUGGAGACUGUACGAGAAACAUGGCGGCCUCUAUCCGGGAGAAGCAGGCCGUUGCUUUGAGGCGUAUGUUGAAUUUCAAUGUCCCCGUUAUAAAGAGCAACGCAGGAGAGCCAGUAUGGAAGGUCCUUAUAUACGAUCGAUUUGGCCAGGAUAUCAUCUCUCCCCUACUUUCCGUGAAAGAACUCAGAGACAUGGGAGUCACUUUACACUUGCUUUUGCACUCAGACCGCGAUGCCAUUCCAGACGUUCCUGCUGUGUAUUUUGUGAUGCCCACAGAAGAAAAUGUGGACAGGAUUUGCCAGGACCUGAGGACACAGCUUUAUGAAUCUUAUUAUUUAAAUUUCAUCUCCGCCAUUUCCCGCAGCAAACUAGAGGACAUCGCUAGUGCAGCCCUCACAGCCAACACUGUGUCUCAUGUCUCCAAGGUUUUUGACCAGUAUCUCAAUUUCAUCACAUUAGAAGAUGAUAUGAUUGUGUUGUGCAAUCAAAACAAGGAACUGGUGUCUUACAGAACGCUAAACAGACCUGAUAUCACGGACACAGAGAUGGAAACGGUGAUGGAUACCAUUGUAGACAGUCUCUUCUGCUUCUUUGUCACACUGGGUGCUGUUCCCAUAAUACGAUGCCCCAGAGGGAAUGCUGCAGAGAUGGUGGCUGUGAAACUAGACAAAAAAUUGCGUGAAAACCUGCGAGAUGCCCGGAACAGCUUGUUCACAGGGGACACCCUCGGGACCGGGCAGUUUAGCUUCCAAAGGCCGUUGUUGGUCCUUGUGGACAGAAACAUAGAUUUGGCAACUCCACUCCACCAUACAUGGACCUACCAAGCCCUAGUGCAUGAUGUUCUGGAUUUUCACCUGAAUCGCGUGAAUUUAGAAGAGUCGGCACCAUUGGAAGGCAGCCCAUCUGGGACCCGACCCAAGAAGAAGAAUAAGAAAUCCUAUGACCUGACGGUGGCAGAUAAGUUCUGGCAGAAGUACAAGGGCAGCCCUUUCCCAGAGGUAGCUGAGUCCGUGCAGCAAGAGCUCGAAUCUUACCGCGCUCAGGAGGAUGAAGUCAAACGCCUUAAAACAAUAAUGGGCCUGGAAGGAGAGGAUGAAGGCGCCAUAAGCAUGCUCUCGGACAACACUGCCAAGCUAACCUCCGCGGUUAGCUCCCUUCCCGAACUCCUGGAAAAGAAGAGGCUUAUAGAUCUUCACACCAAUGUGGCAACUGCAGUGCUGGAACACAUCAAAGCUCGCAAAUUGGAUGUUUACUUUGAAUAUGAAGAGAAACUGAUGAGCAAGUCAACUCUGGACAAGUCUCUCCUGGACAUCAUCUCUGACCCAGACGCUGGGACUCCUGAAGACAAGAUGCGGCUGUUCCUGAUCUAUUACAUCACGUCUGCUCAGGCCCCCUCUGAGGCUGAUCUUGAGCAGUACAAGAAGGCUCUGGAGGAUGCAGGCUGCAAUCUGGCUCCAUUAAACUACAUCAAGCAAUGGAAGGCUUUUGCCAAGAUGGCCUCUACUCCAGCCAGCUCUGGAAUUGGCGCAGCUAAAUCCAAAGGACUGCUCUCCAGGGUCAUGAAUACGGGCUCUCAGUUCGUCAUGGAGGGUGUGAAAAAUCUGGUUCUAAAGCAGCAGAACCUGCCAGUCACUCGGGUUGUUGACAGCCUAAUGGAAGUUAAAUCCAAUCCGGAAACUGACGAGUACCGAUACUUUGACCCAAAGAUGCUGCGUGGAAGUGACAGCUCAGUACCAAGGAGCAAGAAUCCCUUCCAAGAGGCUAUUGUGUUUGUUGUUGGAGGCGGGAACUACAUUGAAUACCAAAAUCUUGUCGACUACAUAAAGACCAAACAAGGAAAACACAUUCUCUAUGGCUGCACAGAGCUCUUUAAUGCCUCACAGUUUGUUAAACAGCUGUCUCAACUUGGACAAAAGUGAGGUGAAGUGCCCUCCACCCAUGUUCCACUUCAGCCCAAAGGCUAUGAUCUGGCAGAGGUGUAUAAUGAGCAGUGGGCCUGGCCGUCUGCUGGCAGAGCAUUGUACAAAUAGCCUUCAAUUGUGAACACAGAGGGCUAUUCCACAUCUCUCCACCGACUAUCAGAGAGGCCUUAAUGGCAAAUCAAUGGGUUGCAGACCUCUCUAGAAGCAUCAUUUUUAGGACUCCCGUAACUAACUUCUUCCUUGAUGGAGGUGCCACGACCUGUAUUGUCUGGAGUUAAUAUUGUGUAAUAAGGGGCUGUUUCCAAAUAAAUCAUAUAUUAUUUGUUUAA